UCAACAACGCGAGGAAAUGACCCAACAACAUCCCAUCUCAAAAAACACCUACAAUAAAAACACAGCCUAAGUUUUGUUUCUUCCAAAAACAAAACCAAACGCAGUGAGACACAUUGCAAACAUGCACUCUGCAAACCACUGGGGUGGAUCCUUCGAAAUCCACGCCGACGCCACCACCGACGAUGAGCACAGCCACAAUCUCGACGUCGACAGAGCAGCGCUCUCCCGCCAGCACACGCUCGAUGAGACACAGCAGAGCUGGCUGCUGGGGCCUCAGGACACAGGCAAGAAGGACAAGUAUGUUGAUCUUGGAUGCAUCAUUGUGAAGAGGAAAGUUCUGUGGUGGGCAUUUUGGACUGCGUUGGUUGCUUUCAUUGUUAUCGGGAUCCCUGUGAUUGUUGUUAAGACUUUGCCGAAGCAUAAGGAGAAGCCGCCGCCACCUGACGAGUACUCGAAAGCUCUGCAUAAGGCUUUGAUGUUCUUCAAUGCUCAGAGAUCUGGUCGCUUACCAAAAAACAAUGGAGUUCGAUGGCGAGGAAAUUCUGCGCUUAAUGAUGGCUCAGAUCUACCAGAUGUCAAAGGUGGUUUAGUUGGAGGAUACUCAGUUGGUGUUGUUAGUCGCUGCUUGGCUAAUCUGGGGAAGGAACACUGGGCUGCAGUUAAAUGGAUCCUCCGGUAUCUACGCGGUACUUCCAAGAAGUGUUUAUGCUUUUGA